AUGAAGUCGGUAGCACUCCGCCUGUUACUGUUUGCUGUCCUAUUUGUACUGGCCGCGGCUUGGACUAAAGAAGAUUAUGAGAUCUUCCGCCUUCGUGACGAAGUUGCUUCUGCGGAGGGCGCUAAUGUGACUUUCUACGACUUCCUUGAAGUGCAGCCCAAUGCCAACCAGGAUGAGUUGAACAAAGCCUAUCGCAAAAAAUCAAGACUUCUUCACCCCGAUAAAGUGAGACGAUCUUUUGUUGCCAAUAGCUCUAAAGACAAGACCAGGUCGAGAUCGAACAAGCCUGGUGUUCAUGUCAACAAAGGUCCCUCGGAACGAGAGAUUGCUACGGCUGUCAAGGAGGCUCAUGAGCGAGCCUCACGCCUCAAUACCGUUGCGAACAUCCUUCGUGGUCCAGGACGCGAGCGGUAUGAUUAUUUUCUGAAGAAUGGGUUCCCCAGGUGGAAAGGUACCGGCUACUAUUACUCGAGAUUCCGUCCUGGCCUGGGUUCCGUGCUGGCUGGGCUGUUUUUGGCCUUUGGGGGUGGCGCUCACUACGGGGCCUUGAUCCUGGGCUGGAAGCGCCAGCGGGAGUUCGUUGAUCGGUAUAUUCGUCAAGCGAGGAGAGCUGCUUGGGGUGAUGAGUUGGGCGUUCGGGGCAUCCCCGGAUUUGAUUCAGUGAAUGCCACUGCGUCGUCGUCCACACCGGAACCAAGCGAAGCGACUGCCAUACCAAUGAACCGUCGCCAGAAGCGAAUGAUGGAUAAAGAAAAUCGCAAGGAGUCGAAGAAAGGGUCCCGAGCUACCUCCCGUGCUUCCGGCACGUCCACACCCACCACAGAGUCUGUAGAGCCCACCGGUGAAAGGAAACGUGUUGUCGCAGAGAACGGGAAAGUGCUCAUAGUCGACUCGAUUGGUAAUGUGUUUCUGGAGGAGGAAAAUGAAGAUGGUGAACGACAGGAAUUCUUGCUUGAUGUUGAUGAAAUCCAACGCCCGAGGGUGCAGGAUACAAUGCUCUUCCGGAUCCCAGUCUGGUUCUACCACAAGAGUUUAGGAAAGUUGGUGGGGUCAUUUAACCCAGAGGAGAAACAUACUAACGGCGAGGAAUCCACCGAAUUUGUGGAACAGACAGCAGCCGGUCCUGCGGUUGUCUCGAACGGGAGAACUAGGAAGAGAGGGAAAGGUUCACAAAAGUCUUGA